AUGCCCUUCCAAACAUUUUUCUACCUCCCCCUCAUCUCCCUCUUCAUAACGACCAUCUCCUCACUUCCCUUUUUCCCCCUCAACCUCCACCUCAGAAGAGCCCACCCCAUCGAAAUCCAAACCCGCGAUCUCUCCUCCGUAGCCAGCGAACUCGGCACUCUCGGAAGCGAUCUCCAGAACUCUAGUACCUUGAAAACCUUCCUCGGGGAUAGAGGAAAUGUGAUUACGCAGAAUGAUGUGCUGGAUAGCAAUGGGAGUUGUGCUACCAUGACUGUGUUGUUUGCGCGGGGAACGGGGGAAGUGGGCAACGUGGGCAUCCUAACCGGUCCUCCAUUCUUCACCGCCCUCGCCGCAUAUAUGAACCAAACAGGGAGUAUGUUCAUCCAAGGCGUUGAUUAUUCCGCCAGCGUAUCCGGAUUCCUCGCCGGCGGUGAUCCCGCUGGUGCAAAAACUAUGGCCAACCUAAUAAACAACACUCUAACCAGCUGUCCCAAUACGCAUCUCACUGUAUCCGGCUACUCUCAAGGAGCUCAACUAGUUCAUCUAGCCAUGAGUUCGCUCCCCACAACCACCACAUCACGCGUGAAAUCCGUCGUCAUGUUUGGAGAUCCCAAGAAUGGUACUGCGGUGGCGGGUAUCGAUUCGAGUAAAGUGAUGACGAUUUGUGAUCCGAAAGACGAUAUUUGUAAAGGGGGAGAUGUCAUACGACUAGCCCAUUUGGAAUACAGUGCAAAUGCUGGAACUGCUGCCAUGUUUGCGUUGAGUGGGUUGGCGGAUGUAGGAAUCACGAGUGCGAGAAAAGUUAGUGGAGUCAAUGGGAUAUCUUGA